AUGACAUCUCCCGGGGAGCUCGCCGCUGCGAGAGCGGUCGACACAGAAGUGCUUGUGCGACGGUCUAUGACCAAAGGUUAUCAACUCUUCUCCCUCUUGACCCCUCCCGUCUACGCCGCUACUGUCCUUUAUAAACGAGGAAGAGCCCAUUUCUCCGUCAAUCGGUUUCUGCGCGCAACGUGGAUAGGCGGAGCAAUAGGUACGGCAAGUGGUGGAGCGGUCGAAUACGUACGAGCCUCGAAUUCGAGCGAGGAGAGUCUCCGCCGUCGGAGAAUCAUUGCCGCAUAUAAUACUGAUUCAUUAAGGGCUGAUGACCAUUCCACCAUCGGAGCCAUUCUGUUCGCUGUGUUAACUCCAGCUCUGUUCUGGAAGCGUGCAAGAGCAGUUCAUCUUGUACUCGGCGGUGCGGGUUUGGGCUCUUCAGUAGGUGUCUUGGCACAUUACGGAAGAAAUCUGUCUGGAGACCCGCCCCCCCCAAUCGUGGUUCCAGAGGCGCCUACAUCGGCAUAG